UUUAGCAGACACCUGCUCUCAUCUGCAAUGAUGACUGUGAUCCCUUCCUGGUUCCCUCUGUUUGUUUUCAUCCUUUUCAACAGGAUCUUUGAGAACUCGCUGCUGAGUGCUGAGGUGAAGGAGGGAGAGAUUCUGCCUCCCACCAUCCAGAAGCUGAUGAAAGGAUACAACAAGUACCUCAGGCCUUUCUUUGACAAUGGUCCAGUCACCGUGGGCAUGAGUUUGGACAUUGCUAGCAUUGACACUAUAUCAGAGAUCAACAUGGAUUACACAGCCACCAUCUUCCUGAGACAGAGGUGGACAGAUGAGAGGCUUGUGUUUGAAGGGAAUAAGAGCUUAAGUCUUGAUGGCCGUCUGGUGGAACUUCUGUGGGUUCCAGACACCUUCAUCGUGGACUCCAAGAAGUCCUUCCUGCAUGAUAUCACCGUGGAGAACCGGCUGAUCCGAAUCUUCCCCAAUGGGACUGUGCUUUAUGCUCUCCGGAUCACCACCACUGUGGCCUGCAACAUGGAUUUGACUAAGUACCCUAUGGAUAAGCAGACAUGCACCCUCCAACUAGAAAGCUGGGGAUAUAACAUCAAUGAUGUGAUGUUUUACUGGACGAGAGGAAAUGAAUCAGUCAGUGGAUUGGAUACUCUGCGCCUGGCCCAGUACACUGUAGAAGAUCAUUACACGUCUGUCUCAGAGGCAGUGUAUGAAACAGGUAACUAUCCGAAACUCGUCUUCCACUUCGAGCUGAAGCGAAGCAUUCUGUACUUCAUCCUGGAAACCUAUGUGCCCUCCAGUCUGCUAGUCGUCCUGUCCUGGGUGUCCUUCUGGAUCAGUCAGUCAUCAGUGCCAGCCCGCAUAUGCAUAGGAGUAACCACAGUCUUAACGAUGACCACUCUGAUGAUGGGAGCCAGGACGUCUCUGCCCAAUGCUAACUGCUUCAUCAAGGCUAUAGACGUGUAUCUGGGAAUUUGUUUCAGUUUCAUCUUUGGGGCAUUGAUAGAGUACGCUGUUGCUCACUUCUGCACACUCCACCACCCAGAUUGCAACAAUGCACUUAUGUAUGGAGGACACCACAUGCAUGACUGUGAUGAUGAUAUGAACGGCAUCGUCACAACCAUUGCCAGUGACUCCAGACGAUCUAAGCGAUGUAAGGAUUCUCCAACCCCGGCUCCUGCACCGACCCCUACAGGAGAGCCUGGAGUCGUACCCCCCAGCCCUACUUCCCCAGAGGCUAAGCCCCCAGAGGCCCUGACGGAGCCCCUGAACCGCUGUCUUAAAAACUUAUCCCUCAUAAGACAGAUACUACGCUCUGUGAACUGCUGUCACGUGGAGAAUCCACAUUACAUAGACAACUACUCCCGUGUAACGUUUCCACUGUCCUUCGUCAUAGUCAACCUGCUGUACUGGACUUACUACCUGUACUUGUAACACACCAGA